AAAAAAUAAGUGAAAGGAUAAGAUUGAAAAAAAAAAUUUACAUCAUUGUUUAUCUUUGCAUCUAUUAGAAAAAAAAAAAGCCUAUAUAAAUAUGGCAACCCCUGGCCACAUUUCUUGUAUCCUUUAAUUUUAUUAAUUAACUAUUACUCAUGUCUGAAGGCAAGUCAUUUCAAUCCACCAGUGUUAAACACAUUGGUUCUUAUCCCUUGGUCAAGUCCGUUAGUGACUUUUUACUUUCAUUUAGUUUAUUAAAUUAUUUUUAUCAAGAAUUAUACCAUUUUAUUGGUAUUUUCAAUAGUAAUAUUAGUAAAGUUGAACCGAUUUAUAAUGGGUUGGUAUUUUUAGAUGCUAAUUUUGAUCGUAUGGUUUUAAGUCGUUUAGACUCUGUUAUUGCUAAGACUCCUGACUUGAGUGCAUACCAUCCAGUAACCAUUUAUACUAAAAGUGUGGUUAAAUUAAACAAAGAUUGGUUGAAACCAACUAAUGAAAGCAUUUACAAGACUUAUGAUGCAUAUUUACCCGGGUCAUUAACUGAAAAUAAGACUAGUUUCAAGAUUGACGCCGUCACCAAGGAUGAGACCAAGAUUGGACUGGAAAUUUCUCAUUUUGUUGAAAUCUCAAACGAAUUCUUGAACCGUUUGAAAUACUACAUUACUGGUAAGUCAAAUGACGUUAGUGAAGCUUUGAUUAAUACUUAUAAUUCGGAAUACGAAAAAUUGGAUGCUACUAAUCCUUAUUUUAAAUCCGGUCAAGCUUCUUACAAGACUGGAUUGACUUUGAUUAACGAUGUUAAGUCCGAUUACUUUGUUCCCUUGAAAAAUCAAGUCAAUGACGUUGCUAGCCAAACCAAGACUAGAAUCAAUAACUCUAUCAACUUGAACUUGCAACAAGUUGAAGAAAAAAAGAAUGAGUUGAUUAACGGUACUGCUAAUCCUCCAGUUAGUGCUUCUGCUUAGAAAAUGGCGCCACUUUUAUAUCGAUUCCUUUUAUGUUUUAUAUAAUUUUCUUAUUCUAUUCAAUUUUCUUUAUUUAAUUUCUUUAUAUAACUUUGUUUUAAUUU